AAGAGGAAGAGGAAGAAGAGGCUUGAUGGGUCCGUGUCGGCGCGCCGGCUCUUGGGGGUCUUUGUGCGUCUUUGGCGCACAGCCGGCGCACGCAGAGUCUCUCUGGAGCUGCGCACUGCUGCUCGGCUUCCUGGGUCUCUGCGCAUGUCUGGAGGAGAAUUGCAUUCUGGGUAUCGUCGGGCAGCCGGUCUCGCUGCCCUGCGUUCAGCCCCAGAUGGCGACCUCGGCCAACGUCACCAUUGAGUGGAGGAGAGGCGAGGAGGUGGUGCUCAGGUCGACGUGGAGGGACGACGGCGUGGUGGAGGAAUGGAGCAUCAACCGGGCCACGACGCCGCCGGACGCCCCGCUGACGGGCAACGUGUCCCUGCAGCUCCCCGGGAUCGAACCCACGGAGCGCAGCGUGAGCUACAGGCUGCUCGUCACCUCGGAGAACCAGAGCGCCGAGCUGUGCGCCGUGUGCCUCCGGACGGCAGCCCGGUUCAGCGCCCCGCUGCUGCGGAGGGAGGAGGCGCCUCCGGGGGGCCAGACGGCCUUCUGGUGCCACUCCAGCGGAGGCUUCCCCGAGCCGGCGGUGUCCUGGCUCAUCGGCGGCGGCGCCCCCCCGCAGGGCUCCGUGCGGACCCGGGCGGAGCCGCUCCCGGACUCGCGGCUCUACAACGUCACGAGCCGGCUCACGCUCAACGUCUCCCGGGACGCCAGCGUGUCGUGCGCGGUCUGGAACCCGUCCACCAACGAGACCCUGACGUCCACCAACAGCGCGGCGGUGGUGACCGGCGGCCCCGCGGUGACCAGCAGGGCCUCGGAGGCCAUGUGGAUCUUCAGCACGGCGCUCUGCGCGGUGGUCGGGGUCAUGGUCUCGGUGGGCAUCGGGUACCAGAUCCACCUGGACCGGAAGAGCAAGAGGAAGAAGAGCAAGAGGAAGAAGAGGAAGAACACAGGAAACAUGAGGCCGGACGAGGAAGAGGAAGAUGAGGAGGAAGAAGAGGAGGUGAAGCUGGAGAGGAAGGAGACCGACGUGUGAACCCUGUUUAACACUGACUGUAAAUACUGAGGGAUAGAUGGAAAUAUGAAUAUAUAAGAGUGUAUUAAUAAUAAUAA